GGAGCUCUGCGUUUCCUGUACCGCUACAUUGUAACAGAUCAUCAAAUUACAAUGUAAAUCCCAAUCGGAACAUUAUUUUCAAACGCAGAACAUAUCAUUCAUGUCAUAUCCAUCACCUGGAAUACCGGGUGGCAAUUAACCAACGAAUACAUGAUUUGCGGUCUAAAUAUCAGGCGCUGUCACAUUGACAGCGGUAGGAUAUCCGGAAAACUUGAGGGAGGUUUGCACGAGCCAUUGCGGUGUUGACGUAAGAGCUAAAGCAUUUUCAACCGAUGUCUAAGGACCCUCCUCCAAGGUGACAUACAUCCAAUCACAGACUAGCAUGGGAGAAGAUGGACAUUCCAGCAGCCAAUCAGAGCUACGGACAUGGCGGGCAGCCCGGGGUGUGUCAUAAUGGCUGGUCAGCAACCACACCCCCGACCGGUCUUGGAUGUACCACUGCCCAAGGACUCUCCAGUGACCCUCUACCCAGCUUACAGGGUCUGAACCUGGGCCCAGCCUCACACCAGAGUCCUUCUAAUAACAUCCCUCAAGCCAUGGCUCAGUUACAGUACUCACACCAGGGCUGUCUCAGCAGUCUUCCUACGCCCCCAUUUAGGAACCAAUCACCUUCAGCUCUUAUACCAUGCCUGAAUCAAGAGCCUCACAUACCACAUGUACACAUGGGUAAUUAUAUUUCCUACAACAUUCCUCCAUCAUCAACACUCGUCCCUCUGAAACAAGGUCCGUCAGCUAGUGGGCCUCCAUCCACGAUACCGUCUUCAAACCAGGGUCCCCAGAAUACUGUCUCUCCUCCAGUCUCUUCCUCCCCUCUAUAUCCUCCAUAUCUGUAUGCAAACCAAGGCUUUGUGAAUGGCCCUCCUGUGACGUUGACAAGACCAAACCAAGGCUUUGUGAAUGGCCCUCCUGUUACGUUGACAAGUCCAAACCAAGGCUUUGUGAAUGGCCCUCCUGUUACGUUGACAAGACCAAACCAAGGCUUUGUGAAUGGCCCUCCUGUUACGUUGACAAGUCCAAACCAAGGCUUUGUGAAUGGCCCUCCUGUGACGUUGACAAGUCCAAACCAAGGCUUUGUGAAUGGCCCUCCUGUUACGUUGACAAGUCCCAACCAAGGACCUCCCAACAGCAGUUUUUCAUCCAUGUCACCAUGUGGGAGCCAGAGCCAACAGUGUUCACACCCGUAUCCUCCACAACUCACCUCACCAGUCCAGCAGCAACCUCAAUGGGUCCUGCCUCAGCAACACUAUAGUCACAGUGGUGUAAUGUACAAGCCUGGUGCCACCUCACAUCCUGUACAGGAGGAUACCACCAUGCAACCGUCCUGUCCAUCUCUGGGGGACAGUGGGGUGUCUGGCCCCAGCUCACCUAUUUCAGAGUCACGCUAUGGCCUACACCCUCAGCUUCUACCCAGCGCUGUGCGUAUGAUGGAGGAGGACAGGACAGCGUGGGAGGCGAAGGUGUUUGUGUCUGAACCCAUCUCCUCUCUACCUCCGCUGGCUACCACAGACUGUGUCAUGGAGGACCGAGGUAACUGCAGUCCUCGGUUCAUCCUUUCUACCUCCUACUGCGUUCCGUGUGAGGGCCAGACGGCCCUCCAGAGCCACCUACCACUGGGGGCCCUAGUCAGCCCUCUGGCUAAGCUACACACAGGAGAGCGCCCCCUGUCUGUGUGUAUGGAGGCAGACACUGUAAAGGGCUGUGGGGAGUGUGGGGCUUACAUGUGUUCAGCUAUGGGAUGGCAGGACUGUGGACAGAGAUUCUACUGCCCAUUCUGUGGGAAACUCCGUGAAGUUGGAUGGCAGCAUUACCAGCCAACACAGGGAGUAGAGGGGAACAGAGUGGACAGAGAGCAGAGACCUGAGCUCAGUCUGGGCUCCUAUGAGAUACUGGACAGUCAACAGGAUGUGCCUGCUUCUGUGUUGCUCCUGGCCGUGGAUGUGUCUGCUGCAGCACUGAGAGGAGGACACCUGGAGCUCAUCAGUCAGCAGCUACGUUCUCUACUCACAUCACUAAAUAGGGAGGAAGGUGCGUUCCAAUCAGAUGUCCGUGUGGGGUUGAUGACCUAUGACAGCCGGAUCCACCUCUAUGACCUCAGCCCUGCCCUGUCCCGCCCACACAUGCUGGUCGUCACGGAGACAGAGGACCUGCAGCUUCCUGUGAGGGAGGGGCUUCUGGUUCCACUCAAAGACUGCAUAGACAGUAUCAACAGUGUCCUGCAGCGUAUCCCUCUGUUCAGUGCAGACUUUGAGGGGGCAGGUGGAGUUCUCCUGGAGCUGCCUGUCAAGGCUGGACUGGUCGUUCUACAGGAGUUGGGUUGUCCUGGCAAGCUGCUGGUCUUCCAAACUGCUCCCUUCAUCGAGGGGACACACACACACAACUCCUCUAGCUUCUUCAGCUCCAACAAACCAAAGUCUCUGUUUCAGCCUCCGGACCCUGCAGUCUCAUUGGCUAAGGAGUGUGUCAGUCAGGGCUGUGGCGUGCACCUGUUUGUGUUCUCCCAGCAGGAUGUGGGCGGGGCUUGGCCGGGACAUGUUCCUUACCUGACAGGUGGAGAGCUGCACUGCUACCACAGUCUCCAGGGAGAGUUGGACAGGGAGCGUUUCAGCAGUGACCUGAGGAGGACUGUAGAGACAGAGACGGGCUAUAGGGCCACACUCAGGGUGCAUGUCAGUAAAGAUCUGCGCGUGUCAGGGUGUUAUGGCUCGUUCGUCCCCGGGCCCAACCCCGCCCACGUCACCAUGGCAACCCUUGAUUGGCGUACGACACUGGCCGUUGAGUUGACACACAGCAGAGCUCUGGACGAAAAGAGGGGCGUGGUCGUACAGACCGUCCUGUCCUACACCAGCCAGCAGGGAGAGAGGAGGACCAGGGUCCACAGUCUGUCUCUGUGCUGCUCACACCACCUACUGGACACCUUCUGUAACUGCCAGGCCCAGACUCUGCUCACCUUCUACUGCAAGAAGAUGUACUGUGCCGUGUUGGAGCGCCCUCUACAGGAGCUGAGAGAGGAACUGCAGACAGAGGUGACAGAGUCCUUGGCCUGCUAUAGGAAACACUGCAGCUCCUCCUCUGUGUCCCCGGGACAGCUGGUCCUACCCCAGCACCUGAAGACCCUGCCAGUCUACCUCAACAGCCUGAGGAAGAGUGAAGUUCUGCUUCCCGGCCUCCGCAGUUCAGUACACCAACGCCUGCAGCUCCGCUGUCAAGUGGUCUCCAUGGAUACCAAGACCACAGCAGGACACUUCUACCCUCUGCUGCUACCACUGCCAGUAGGUGGCGAUACCUCCAGUCCUCUCAGCCUAGGGGAGGCUGUUCGCUGCACUGCUGCUAGCCUGGACCAUGGAGGUCUCUACCUGGUCCACGGACCCCUGGUUCUGCUACUCUGGGUGGGCCACAACGUCUCCAACACCUCCCUGGUCCAACUCUUCAACAUCACCUGUCUGUCCACACUACCCUCUGGAGAGACGAAGCUGCCUGUGCUGGACAACCCUCUGUCUGUUAGUGUGAGGUCACUCAUCAACACCCUGAACUCACAGACACACUAUACUCGCAAGCUGCGUGUGGUGAAGCAGGGGGACAGCUGUGAGGAGGCUCUACAACGCCUCCUGGUAGAAGAUAAGAGUCCCAACGGGGGAGCGAGCUACGCUGACUUCCUGUACCACCUCCACGUCAACUCUAUACAACUGCUGGUUCGUUAGUUGUAAAAUGGUUUGAACUGGAAAACGCAAACGUGGGAUUCUAAUUGGACAAGUCCAGCUAAUCCCUCCCAUGUUUCACUCAGCUUUUCUUCUGUUUGGUGCCUAAUGAACAUGACCCUGGUGUUUUCAGCAGUAUGGCCAGGGGUUUUUACAGAUCACCUCAACCACAUGUGAAUGAUCAUAUCCUUAUCCAGACUCACAGUAUGCAACUGGUUGUUGUACGUGACGUUCAUCAGCAAAAGGUGAUGUCUUAUUUGUUUGCCUGUUGUAGUAAUAACUUUUCAAAUCACAUUUCAUUGGUCACAUACACAUGGUUAGCAGAUGUUAUUGGUCACAUACACGUGGUUAGCAGAUGUUAUUGGUCACAUACACGUGGUUAGCAGAUAUUAUUGGUCACAUACACAUGGUUAGCAGAUGUUA